CGAUGUAACCGGCGGACGAAUGGCGACGCUCAGCCGUGCCGCGGUGUGUUUUACAGUUAGAAACAUGAUCGUGGUGGUGGUCUGCGUUUCCCUUCUGUGUCUGCCGUUUAACUCCUCGGCCAAGAGAAACGACCGACCCGUCGUCGGUGUCCUGGCUCAAGAAGUUUAUUCGCCGGCGCCGAAUCAAACGGCUUACAUUGCUGCCUCGUAUGUCAAGUUCCUGGAGUCCGCGGGGGCAAGGGUUGUCCCCGUCAUGAUUAACCGGACGCUGGAGGAGUACAGGACGCUGUUCGGCUCCAUCAACGGGAUCCUUUACCCAGGUGGAGGUGUCAGCAUCAUCUCAUCUGGUUACGAGAGGGCUGCGAAAAUCUUUUAUGAGCUCGCUAUUGAGGCAAACAAGCGAGGCGACUAUUUUCCUGUGUGGGGCACCUGUCUGGGAUUUGAGCAGCUGACCUAUUUGACGAGCGGAAAGACAGUACUGUCACAUACCAAUACAAGUGGUGUGCCACUGCCUCUCCACUUCACUAAUGAAACCAAAGACAGCCGGAUGUUUAAAGGCUUCCCAGCUGAACUCAUGAAAGAUUUGGCUUCGGAGCCGCUGACAGAGAACUCUCACAAGUGGAGUCUGGCAUUGUCGACUUACGACACAAAUGAGGAACUGAAGAAGUUUUACAAAGUUCUCUCCACGAAUACAGAUGGGAAAACCGAGUUUGUGUCAACAGUGGAAGCGUAUGAUUACCCAAUUUAUGGGACACAGUGGCAUCCAGAAAAAAAUGCAUUUGAAUGGACGAGGCCUUAUAUUCCGCACUCUCCAUCGGCAGUCAAGACCACCUUCUACAUGGCUGAAUUCUUUGUCAGUGAAGCCAGGAAGAACUUUCACAGAUUUGAAUCCGAGGAGGAGGAGAGCAAAGCGCUGAUAUACAACCACAAUCCUGUUUACACCGGGCACCAGAGUGGCUUUGAGCAAACAUAUUUUUUCUGAUGUCCGUCUACAGAGCGCUUUCCGUAUUCAGCAGCUGAUUGGCUUUUUCAGUCAUUUCACUUGUGAAUGUUUAAAGGUAAUUCUACUUGUUUGAUUUUGCAUUUGUUGAAUCUGCAGCUAGAAAAGCUGUAAAUAGAUUUAUGCAGUGACGGUUUUAAAGAAAAUGUCAGCUCGUGCUUUGCGGAUGCUGUAGCUGAGUAUUAAAUGCUAUAACAGAUGGUGCAAAUAGUGACAUUUUAAGGCAUUUUGCCUUCAGAGUUUGAAUGUGUUGAAUUUCUUAAAGCUGCUGCAUUUUGAUGCUGAAAUGUGUAUUUAUCACAUUUUUCUUUUAAAGCUGCACAAAUCAAUAUAUUUAUAGUCGCAAUGGAUCGAAUUACUCUGUGUAAUCCGAAAGCGGUCGCACCCGCAGAGAAUUACCACUCAGCUCCAUGGUUCCCCUCAACUCUGUGGAGCAUUUCACUGUUUUGUUUUCGGGCCCACAAACUUGACUCUCAUUAACCCUUUUUUUUUU